AUGCCCCUCUAUGUCUACAAAUCUCUGAUAAACAUCCUCACUUUCCCAUUCGCUGGCUUCAAUUUUCCGAUGUCCACUACGUCCGCUGCGUCCACGUCGUCCGCCGAACAAGUUGCCGGCAACGGUGACCUCUUGACUGAGAUCUUCCUUCGGACGCCGGUGAAGCCUUUGCUCCGCUUCAGGUCGGUGUCUAAGAGGUGGCUCUCCCUCAUCUCAGACCCACACUUUUGCCACCGACACGCUCGCCGGAGCUCUGCCUCAGUCUCCGGAGUGCUGUUAGGUCUUCCGAAUUCGAACUUCGAUUUCAUCUCCUUCGACGAGAAGAAAGCUUCGGAACCUCCGCUCCGCUCCCUCGAUUUCAUUGGCGAUCCUCUGGGCGUUAAGGUUUUGCAGGUUUGCAAUGGACUGCUUUGCUGCAGCACCGUUCGGAGUCUCGGGACGAGCCGGAACUACUACAUUUGCAAUCUGGCGACUCGGCGGUUCUCAGUGUUGCCGCCGCCCUGCAGUAGUGGCGGACGCGACACCGUAUUCGGCAUCAAUUUGGCCUUUGAUCCUUCCAAGUCUCCUUACUAUAGCGUGAUUUGCGUUCGGAGUUGUGAAGUGUCGAUUUCCCAUUAUCAGAUCGAAAUCUAUUCCUCUGGCACUGGCGAUUGGAGGCUCUCUGGCAAGCCUUUCAGAGCCCCAUUUGAUAUGGUGUUUUACGAUGGAGUGUUCUGGAACGGAGCCGUCCACUGGAUCAGCCCUAGCGGAGCUUCACUGUAUUUUGGGAUUGAUGAGGGUCGAAUCGACACAAUGCCGCCCCCGCCACCUGGCCCUGGUGGUUGGGGCAAGAGGAGGAUCAGACACUUUGGGGAGUCCGGGGGCCAUUUGCAUAUAAUCGAAAUCUACGGCCCUCGGACCACGCAAUUCGUAGUGUAUGAGAUGGAAAGGGACUAUUCGAAUUGGGGUGUGAGGUUCAGUGUGGAUCUUGACAAGGUCAUAGCUGCCUUCCCUGAGAUUACUCAGAACUACCUUGAUGCUCAUGACUUGUACUAUUACGCAUAUAACGUGCUUUGCUUAAUUCGGGGAGGAGGAGGAAAUGGAGAGGAUUUUUCACUGCUGCUGCAAAUUCGGGGUAAGAUCAUAUGUUAUAAUAUCAAGGAUGGUAGUUUCAAGAAUGUUUAUGAUGUAGCCCAUGGGAAUCCCCCUGCUCUCCCCCGUGUUAAAGCUUCCUCGCUAAUCGGAUGCCUGGAAGCUUACCCAUACAUGGAGACUCUUACUUGUGUUUAG